GUGCGGCUACUCAGCUCAGCUCAGCUAGCAGCAAACAGAGCUCACUCGUCUCUCCCUUUCUCACUCGCCACUUCGUCUCCCUCACCUCGCUUCUGAAGAGCUACAGUGUCGAUCCAUCUGUUUCCUUGUCUUGUUGCAAUCAUUUCGCUAUCUUGUUCAUUCUAUAAAUACACUGCUCCCCGUCCCAUCUCACUGCCGGGGAACACUUCCAGCUCCGUCACGAUGUGGUGCCAUGGCAAGAGAUCUGCGAUCUUCGCCGUGGCCGUCGCCGCGGCCAUUGUGGCAUCGGCGGCGGCGGCCGUGCGGGAUGACCUGAGGACGUACAUCGUCCACAUGUCGCAUUCCGCCAUGCCGGACGGCUUCGCGGAGCACGGCGACUGGUACGCGUCGUCGCUGCAGUCGGUGUCCGACUCCGCCGCCGUGCUCUACACCUACGACACGCUUCUCCACGGCUACUCCGCCCGGCUGACGCGCGCCGAGGCCGAGGCCCUGGAGGCGCAGCCCGGCGUGCUCCUCGUGAACCCGGAGACGCGUUACGAGCUGCACACAACCCGGACCCCGGAGUUCCUGGGCCUCGACGGGCGCACGGACGCGCUGUUCCCGCAGUCGGGCACUGCCAGCGACGUCGUCGUGGGCGUGCUGGACACCGGCGUGUGGCCCGAGAGGGCGAGCUACGACGACGCCGGGUUCGGCCCCGUGCCGACGGGGUGGAAGGGCAAGUGCGAGGAGGGCAACGACUUCAACGCCUCGGCCUGCAACAAGAAGCUCAUCGGCGCCAGGUUCUUCCUGACGGGGUACGAGGCGUCCAAGGGCCCCGUGGACGUGUCCAAGGAGUCGCGCUCGCCGAGGGACAACGACGGGCACGGCACGCACACGUCCAGCACGGCGGCUGGCUCCGCCGUGCGCGGCGCCGACCUGCUCGGGUACGCGUCCGGGACGGCCAAGGGCAUGGCGCCCCGCGCGCGCGUGGCAACCUACAAGGUGUGCUGGGUCGGCGGCUGCUUCAGCUCCGACAUCCUGAAGGGCAUGGAGGUCGCGGUGGCCGACGGCGUCGACGUGCUCUCCCUCUCCCUCGGCGGCGGCACGUCGGACUACUACCGCGACAGCAUCGCGGUGGGGGCUUUCAGCGCCAUGGAGAAGGGCAUCUUCGUGUCCUGCUCCGCGGGGAACGCCGGGCCGGGCGCGGCGUCGCUGACGAACGGCGCGCCAUGGAUCACCACCGUGGGCGCGGGCACGCUCGAUCGCGACUUCCCCGCCCACGUCACCCUCGGCAACGGCAAGAACUACACGGGCGUCUCCCUCUACAGCGGCAAGCAGCUGCCCACCACGCCGGUGCCGUUCGUCUACGCCGGGAACGCGUCCAACAGCAGCAUGGGCGCGCUCUGCAUGACCGGCAGCCUCAUCCCGGAGAAGGUCGCGGGCAAGAUCGUGCUCUGCGACCGCGGCACCAACGCCAGGGUCCAGAAGGGGUUCGUCGUCAAGGACGCCGGCGGUGCCGGCAUGGUGCUCGCCAACACAGCCGCCAACGGCGAGGAGCUCGUCGCCGACGCGCACAUCCUCCCGGGCUCCGGAGUGGGGGAGAAGGCCGGCAACGCCAUGAGGACCUACGCGUCGUCAGAUCCGAACCCGACCGCUAACAUAGUGUUCGCCGGAACCAAGGUUGGGAUCCAGCCGUCUCCCGUCGUGGCAGCCUUCUCGUCAAGGGGGCCAAACACCGUGACGCCGGGCGUCCUGAAACCGGACUUGAUCGCCCCAGGGGUGAACAUCCUUGCGGCAUGGUCGGGAUCCAUCGGCCCGUCGGGGAUCGCCGGCGACAACCGGCGCUCCAGCUUCAACAUCAUAUCGGGGACCUCCAUGUCAUGCCCGCACGUGAGCGGGCUGGCGGCGCUGCUCCGGUCGGCGCACCAGGACUGGACCCCCGCCGCCAUCCGGUCGGCGCUGAUGACCACGGCGUACACGGUGUACCCCAACGGCAACUACAACAACGGCAUCCUGGACGUGGCCACGGGCCGUCCGGCCACGCCGCUGGACAUCGGUGCCGGCCACGUGGACCCCAGCAAGGCGGUGGACCCGGGCCUGGUGUACGACAUCACGGCCGCCGACUACGUCGACUUCCUCUGCGCCAUCAACUACGGGCCGGCGCAGGUCGCGGCGCUCGCCAAGCACUCAACGGCGGACAGGUGCAGCGCGAACCGGACAUACGCGGUGACCGCGCUCAACUACCCGUCGUUCUCGGUCACGUUACCGGCCGCCGGCGGCGCGGAGAAGCACACGCGGACGGUGACCAACGUCGGGCAGCCCGGGACGUACAAGGUGACGGCCAGCGCCGCGGCGGGCGGCACGCCGGUGAGCGUGUCGGUGGAGCCGUCGACGCUGAGCUUCACCAAGGCCGGGGAGAAGAAGAGCUACACGGUGAGCUUCGCGGCGGGCGGGAAGCCGUCGGGCACCAACGGGUUCGGCCGGCUCGUCUGGUCCAGCGACCACCACGUCGUCGCCAGCCCCAUCGUGGUGACGUGGACCUGAUCAUUACCGGCGGUAGCGUAAAUGUGUAUUGCUUCUAGCGAGACCUGUGAUAUGAGGAGGCCGAAACGCGGCGGGACAGCAAUGGCGCGCGCCAUUCUCGAUCGGAAGCCCAAGAGAUUUUCGGAGAGUGUUAACAAAUGUGUAUCUGUCAAUUACGUAGUAGCGUGUUGAUUUUACUGAUUUGUCGUUCCAUUUCACGCUCUGCCUAGUUAAGCGGCAGCUAUCGGAGAUUCGGAGCUGUGGCAAUGUGUUGGAUAACUUGGCAUAGAAUCUUUGUGUGUUAGCGAAAGGCGAGUGAAUUGAGUAAUUGAUUCAGUUGAGUUUCCAAAAAAGAA